UUGCUCAGCAAGGGAAAAACAAGAGGUGAUUGGCUUGAUGUUUGUAGUAAUGUCGCAUGGUCAAUGACUACAAUUAGCGAUGAUGUCAACCAAGCAGUGUAUGUGAGCUAUGAGGAAUUACCACAGGUUUUGAAGCAAUGUCUUUUAUAUUGUUCACUCUUUCCUAAGGAUGUAUUGAUCAAGAGUGCGGAUAUAGUCAAUAUGUGGAUUGCUGAAGGUUUCAUACAUAUCACAAGUAUGAAACAGCCAGAAGAUCUGGGAGCUGAGUACUACAAACAAUUAGUCUCACGGAAUCUUCUAGACCCGGAUUAUCGUUUUUAUGAUCAAAAAGCAUGCACCAUGCAUGAUGUUAUCCGCUCAUUUAGUCAGUCUGUAGUGAAACAUGAAGGUUUGUUUGUUGAGGAGGGGCAUAAUCCAAGUUUUACUUCAGGUACUUCCAAGUUGCGGCACCUGUCCAUAUCAAAGAAUGUAACCGAAUGGGAUGCUUUUCACAAACAAGCCUCUCCACGAACAUUGAUAUUAUUCGAAAGCCCCAGGGUUGAUUUAAAAGGUUUUUGGAACAACCUUUCUCUCCUGCGAGUACUUAGUCUACAAGGUGUAAAUGUUGUCGAGCUACCUGACUCGAUAAGCAACCUCAGACAUUUAAGGUACUUGGGACUUGCAGGUACAAGCAUAUCUGGGAUCCCACAAGGAAUAGGUGAUCUGAUGUUUAUGCAGUUCAUCGAACUUGCAGAUUGUGUAAAAAUUUCUCAUGUUCCAGAUAGCAUCUUGAAGCUGCGAAAGCUAAGGUAUAUCAACUUUGCUGGCACCAACAUAGCAUCAAUUCCUCGUGGAUUUGGGAAGCUGGAAGAUUUGGUCAUGAUAUCUGGGUUUCCAACUCAUUCAGAUGAUAAUACAGAUCAAGUAUGGUCCAGUCUGGAAGAACUAGGGCCUUUGUCGAGACUCACAAUGCUUGUCAUAGAAAGUUUGGAGAAGGCAUCUUCUGGUUCUGUGGCCGCUAGAGCAAAACUUAGUAGUAAAGCCCACCUAAGAAUUUUGAACCUGGGAUUUACACAGAAUAGGGAGGUGGAAGAGCAAAACAAUGGGGAGCAAGAGAGAAUCGAGGAGGUUUUGGGUAAUCUCUGUCCUCCAACCUGCAUAGAACAGCUUGCCAUCAUUGGAUACUUUGGACACAAACUUCCCCAGUGGAUGAGAAUGGUGCCAGUCUUUACCUUCUUAAAGCGGCUUGAGCUAUCAAGUUACGCUUGCUAUGAGCUGCCUUCUGGCUUAGGCCAACUCCCCUCUCUUGACUAUUUUUGGGUUGACCAAGCUCCAUUCAUCAAGUAUAUCGGUCAUGGUCUUCACAUGCCCUCAAUUGGUGGUCGGGACAUCGGCCUAGAUAAGACACUUUCUGGUGGUGCUGCUGUUGUUGCAUUUCCCAAGCUGAGAAAACUUGGGUUUCAGGGGAUUUUGGGACUGACAGAGUGGGAAUGGGAGCAGCAAAUCCCAGCUAUGACAACUUUAGAGGUGCUUACAAUUGUCAAUUGUCAGCUCAAGUAUCUCCCUCCUGGACUUGCACAUCAUGCAAAUGCACUGCGGGAGUUGGAUCUAAGAAACCUCUCGCACCUGGUCUCCAUACACAACUUCCCUUCACUCGUUGAGCUUCGCAUAGUUGACAACCGAACACUAGAGAGAAUCUACAACAAUCCAAAUUUGCAGCAUAUUUACAUCGUUAGCUGCCCAGGGCUAAAGGUAUUGGAAGAUUUGCCAUCACUCCAGAGCAUCGAAUGGGUGGAUGUGACUGCUCAAGUGCUCCCAGAUUACCUCCGGCACUCAAAGUUAGAGAAGUUGAUUGUACAAUGCUACAUAAGCUUGCUCAAACUGAUAUCCUUACAAGAUGCCAACUCUUCGGAAUCCGAGUGGGGAAAGAUCCAGCAUGUUCACCAACUAAAAGCAACUGGGUACAUAUCAGCAGAAGAGACACGAUAUAUCUCCUACACCAAGGAGCCCUACUCCUACAAAACAGACAUUGAACGACUGGAUGAAUUUGUAAAUGUGGUGGUUGAAUAAUAGAGAAACAAUAUCAUGAAGGAAGAACCGUCGGCCUUUUUUACUUAUGUCGUGACAUAUCAUAUUUUUCAAGAGGUGCAUAUGGUCAAAGGGCAUGCAUUUUUUUUACUGGUAUAUGCAAAAUAGCAGUACUGUGCAUCGUUCUUUUUAUGUAUUUUGAAUUCUCCUUGUUUUGCAGUGUCUAG